UCUCUCCAACAGAGAACCAGGAAACAAAAUCUUCACACUGUAAAAUGGCAGAACCCAAUGUUUCACUGGCUCAGGAUGAGUUCAGCUGUUCAGUCUGCCUGGAUCUCCUGAAGGAUCCAGUGACUAUUCACUGUGGACACAGUUUCUGUAUGGUGUGUAUUAACAAGUGCUGGGAUGAGGAGGAUCAGAAGGAGAUCUACAGCUGCCCUCACUGCAGACACACCUUCACCUCAAGACCUGUCGUGAGUAAAAACACCAUGCUGGCUGAGGUGGUGGAGAAACUGAAGAAGACGAGACACCAGGCUGCUCCUCCUGAUCACUCUUCUGCUGAUCCUGAAGAUGUGGAGUGUGAUUUCUGUACUGGGAGAAAACACAAAGCCGUCCAGUCCUGCCUGGUGUGUCUGGCCUCUUACUGUGAAGCUCACCUCCAGCCUCACUACCAAUCUCCAGCCUUUAAGAAGCACAAGCUGGUCAAAGCCUCCAGACGACUCCAGGAGCAGAUCUGCUCUCAGCACGAUAAACUGCUGGAGGCUUACUGUCGCACCGACCAGCAGUGUAUCUGCAUCCUGUGUACCAUGGAUGACCAUAGAGGACAUGAUACAGUGUCACUUAAAGCAGAAAGAUCUGAGAAACAGAAGCAGGUGGUGGAAACACAGAGGAAAUACAAGGAGAGAAUCCAGGAGAGAGAGAAGGAGCUUCAGGAGUUAAUAGAAGCUGUGGAGACUCACAAGCGCUCUGCUCAGACAGCAGUGGAGGACAGUGAGAAGAUCUUCACUGAGAUGAUCCUCUCCAUUGAGAGAAGACGCUCUGAGGUGAGGCAGAUGAUCAGAGAUCAGGAGAAAGCUGCAGUGAGUCGAGCUGAAGAACGUCUGAAGAGACUGGAUCAGGAGAUCACAGAGCUGAAGAGGAGAGAUGCUGAUCUGGAGAAGCUUUCAUUCACAGAGGAUCACAUCCAUUUCCUCCAGAGUUUUCAGUCUCUCUCAGCUCCUCCUGGAUCUUCAGCAUCACCUGCUUUUACUCUCAGUCCUCUCAACACUUUUGAAGUUGUUAUGAAGUCUGUUUCUCAGCUGAGAGGAAAACUAGACGAAUUCUGGAAAAAGGAAUUUGAGAAGACAUCAGCUGCAGUGAAGGAAGUGCAGAUCAUUCUUCCUCCUGAACCCAAAAGCAGAGAAGAGUUCCUGCAGUAUUCCUGUCAGCUCACACUGGAUCCAAACACAGCCAAUAAAUUCCUCCUCCUGUCUGAGAGGAACACAGUGGUGACCCGCAGCGACACAGUCCAGCCAUAUCCUGACCAUCCAGACAGAUUUGAUGUAUGGCCUCAGGUUCUGUGUAGAGAGAGUGUGAGUGGACGCUGCUACUGGGAGGUUGAGUGGAGAGGAGAUAGAGGGGUUGGUAUAGCAGUGUCUUAUAAAAGCAUCUCCAGGAAGGGAGGAGGCGGGGAGUGUUUGUUUGGUAAUAAUGAUCAGUCUUGGAGAUUGUUCUGUGAUUCCUCCAGAUACAUAUUCGGUUACAAUAACAGAGAUACUGUAAUCUCUGGAGUACCCUUCUCCUCUAGAAUAGGAGUGUAUGUGGAUCACAGGGCAGGAACUCUGUCCUUCUACAGCAUCUCUGAUACCAUGACCCUCAUCCACAGAGUCCAGACCACCUUCACUCAGCCGCUCUACGCUGGGUUUGUGUUAAACCUUCACUCAUCAGUAAAUCUUUUACUUUCAGCAAAAUAGAUGAACAUGCAGAACAAAGAGAAGAGCUGGAUGAGAUAUAAGACAUAUAAGAACUGCAGAAUCUAGACUGUAGAGCUGAUUAAAUAAAGUUAUAAUAGUGCUGGGAGAUAUUGUUAAUAUAAAUAAUCAUAAUUCUGAACGGUAAUUACGUCUGUCCCAGAUUAGAACUGCAGGUACAUUUCCUGCAGUGGCGAUUGCUCUAAGACUGCAAGGGAAGCUCAGCUUCCCCUAAAAUGUAAAAAAAUAAGUGAUUAAAUAUAUACUGUUGUGUGUUCAUGUCACUGAUUAAAUAUGCGCUACACCCUGCUGAACUUAGUUCAGAAUCAGCUUCUUAUCACUGGUAACGCCGUGGCUUUCCUCUCACUCAUUCCCGCAGCUUCAAAGCGCUGCUUUAAACAGUGCGGACGCUGAGUGUCCACAGACUUCAAUAGUGGAGCAAAACGCGCGGCGAAACGAGACGAGUCAUUGGAUAAAUGCUGGGAUUUGUCCCGCCCAUCGGACGCUCUGCGUUUCUUGGAUGUCUAUGGAGCAGUGGGCUGGCCUCGGCAGGCCCGGACGCUCAGCUUCUGCAUGAUGAUUGGAUAAUCUGUCUGAGGCGGAGUCCCUUUUUGAUUGACAGCGAAAUAAGCGAAUCAGCGAUCUUUUAGUUGAAAAAUUCGUGAUGGGAGCAUUUUCAUUGUGUUCUGAGUUGAACCUGAGACUUUCAUAAUCCAUAUAGCGGCAUUUUCUUUAUUAAAAACGACUAGCAACAAAUUUCUUCUAUUUCUGGUGCUUUUCUGAUUAAUUUGGUGUUAAAGGUGGGGAAAAGUAACAGGUAUUUUCAGCUGUCCUGUAUGAUAAAGUGAGCUGGCUGACUGGAAGUGCUGUAACAAAUAAAAUGUACUGAUGGCCAUGCCUCUACAAUCUCAGGACAUAAAUGAACAGGGGCAAGUAGUAAGUAUUGUGUUAUCAUUAAAAAUAAUUUAAAUAAUUUAAAUUAAUAAAGGGAUUAUUCAAGGAAAUUAAAACUGUCCAAAAUAUUUUUCCUUUACCAACUUUAAAGGUUUUGCGAAAUUUUUUUUUUUUUUUACUGAUAAUUUUUUGCUUAUUCAUGUCGUAGCAUCUUUUUUUAUGUAAUUGUUCAAUGUAAAGAAUGGGUACCUUUUUGUUGUGUAGUGAAAACUUGAAAAUAAUGCCUUUUGUUUACAAAAAAAAAAACAUCUCAGGGAGAGUAGAUUUUACGUAUAAAUAAAACUACAUAUGUUAAGAUGUAGGCCGAAAUUGAGCUUCCCCUCCUUAAAAGACCAGCAUCCGCCACUGAUUUCCUGUAUGGAAAGAUUUAUUCAGAUUUAGCGUUAAAUAGUUUAAACUGUUUAUAUCAUUAACAGAGCUCACAGUAACAGAGUUCAUAUUUUAAACUUCAUAUUACAGAACUUUAUUAAUUUUUAACACAUUAUCAUUUAUUAUAAACUGAAUGAAAGAUCACAAUAAAAUGUUUAAAUUAUUGUACUGUUGUUUUAUCCUCAACAUUUUUAUAUUAAAACAAAGAGAGAGGAAAUCUAUGUGUUAAUGCUUUAACUUUAAUUUUACAAUUAAUGUAAUAUCAAAAGGAAAGAACAAAAUAUAUACAACAUAUAGUAAAAUAUAAUAGAAAAUAUACAUUUAACUUACUGUACACUACACACAUUAACUUACACUAUGAAACACAGUUUUACAAUAUUGCACUGUUGAUUGUAGCUUAAAUUUAAUAUAUUUAUCAUCGCUGUCACAUAAAAACAUUAUAUCUCUAAAGUAGCAACUUUACAUUUCUAUUUGCCUUUUCAUCAGGAAAUAUUGACACAGUAUGAAGAUAAAGUAUAAACAUAAGAUACAGUAGACAUAAGGUUUUUGUGUUACAGCAGUUUUAAACUAAUUAAUCUAAUAUAUGUGCUUCUAUGUUGAGUUGAUUUAUUUGAGCAUUUUAUCAUUUAACUCUACACAGUUCUCUGUAUUAAUUUGAUUUUAUUUGUAAUGUACUCAGAUUGUAUUCCUGUAAUCUUGUAAUGUUGUGGGAUAUAUCUUAUUAAUAAUAAAGUGGGAUCUGAAAGCUCAG